ACCCGCACCGCCUCGCCACCAGCCCACAUCGUUGCUUCACCAUCACCAGUGCGAAUUGUUACUGCACCAAUUCUUUUAUUAUAUCCCUAAUACUGACGGAAUGGAAGAACUGGAAUUUCAAUUCGAGAAGGCGUGAUGUUUUAAGUAGUGCGCGUCACGUAUAGCUACUCCGCUGAGACAACACGCGAUGGCGGCGGGGCUGGGCGGCGCAGCGGGCGGCGUGCUGGCCCUCGAGGUUUGUGCGCCGCUGCUGCUCCUCUGCUGGCUCUGCUGCUGGCCUGCCGACGAUCACUCUGAAACAUCUAGUUCGGGCAAGCCGCCCCGGAAACCAGUGGUUUUGCAUGGGCGCAGUUCGCGUCGCCAAUCGAGCGAUCUGUUCGGCAAGCGAGUGGGCAGCAGCGCCGCGUCGCUGCAUCUGCCCAGCACAUCAGGGCACUCUAAGCAGUCUCUGAAGUCACACCGAAGCCACGAAGAGAUCCCGCGCCGGCGCCAGUCUCAACACCUCGAUACCAAAGACGAGGACCCGCGGUACCAUUCAGCGCCUAGCGUCAUCGACGAGGUGAUUCAUCGAAGAGACUGGGAGCGGUCGACGAAAGACUUGUACAUUCCGCUAAAGCCGGACAUCCAAGUCCAGCAGGACUCAGACGACAGUCCCGAAGCACCUUGCGCAGAACCAGAAUCCAGCUCUAUCGAAUGUAAGAGUGAGGAGAGACUCUCCGUGACCUGCAAGAAACAUUACGCUAAUAUUAAGUCAUCGAAACACAGAAACAAGAAAGAACUUGCAAGAGAUAACGAAAAAGACACUGACGCCACUGAAAGCAGCUCCUUCUACAUUGGAGAUAUAAAGAACGACGAUUGUACUAUUCAGAACGAUGCUGGACAAACCGUAGCGACUUCGGAGAAAGUAAAAUCAGUGUAUAAAGCGAAGGACGCAAAACAGUCGUUCAAUGAGUUGAUCAAAUCAAAAGACAGGUCAAAUGUAGAUCAAGAUUCAGCUAAUGAUUUCGCGCGCCUGGAAGGAUUCAAAACGAAGAUGUUUGACAUCGAUGCAGAUUUGUACUUGGACGAGCUGGACAGGUCCGGUGCCAGACAUUACAUGGAGUCUCGUACAAGUCUAUAUCCCUGCGUCUCUACGUCACCGUUCCCACCGGCGUCUGUCGGUAAGUCUGUUUAUUUUCUUUUAAUCAUCUGAUCAUUUUCUUACAAGUUCACCGUUCUUCAUACUUCUAAGUGUCUAAUCAAACGUGGCUUGCGUGCACCAAGCAACCGACGACUCGCUCGCACGAUCUACUGCUAAUUAUCGCUCUUCAGAGGCUGACGACAGUAGAGUUUCUUAAAUAUA